CAUCAGUGUCAUGUCUAGAUAUUCUAUGGUUGUACUGUAUAUAAAAACGUCGAGUUACGACUACUUUUAGUGAAUUCAAAGAGUUUACUAUAUUACUUAUUAGUUAACUAUAUUAGUUAAAAAGGAGUUAUCGUAAACUGUUUAGUUAAGUAUAGUGUUAUUAAAAAAAUCUUCGCCGAAAUGCACAACAAAGUACAUACGAAACAUAACCUCUACAAAGAAAGUUUAAAUUCGAUUAAGAAUUAAGAAUCAUCUAUUAGACUAUUUAACGAAAUACUUUUGUGAUAUGUAAAAUAAUAUAUAGUAAAGAUUAAAAAGAAUGGCGUAUCACAUAUUGGAUAAUGUGUAUACUCACACUUUUACUCCGCGAGAAUAUCAAGUGGAGUUGCUUGAUUCGAUUAAAAGAAAUAACACCAUCGUAUGUUCUAGUACUGGAGAAGCGAAAACGUUUAUUGCUGUUAAAUUAGUACAAGAAUAUUCGUGGUGUAUGCGUUCGCAUCGUGGUAAACGAGCUCUUUUUAUAUUAGAUUCAGAGAAUAUUUCAAUCAUGACCACACAAGUUAGAUUACUUACUGACCUUACUGUUACUAGUGUACUCUCAAUAGAUAACUUAGAAUGGGAUGAUUUAUUAUCUAAGUAUUCUGUUAUAGUAUUAACAGCAGAUAUCUGCAUUGAACUGAUAUUAAACGGAAGUUUGAGUUUGUCAAAUUUAGUUUUGCUAGUCAUAGAUGAUUGCCUACACGGUUCUAGGCAACAAUUAGUAGAAAAAUUGAUGAUUAAAUAUGAUGAAUUGGAUAUUGAUGAUCGUCCGCGCGUAUUAGGUUUAGUAGCGGGUUUACUCAGUACCGAAUUACGUCCAGUAUUGUUAGAAGCUGAGAUGCAACGACUCGAAAAACUUCUUCGUUCGUCUGUUGACACAUCAAGCGAGGUUGUUACGUUGUUGCGACUUUGCUGUAGGCCAAAAGAGCACGUUGUUGAAUGCGCCUUAAUGCUUCCUACCCCGUUAUGCGACAAACUUCGACAUAUCAUAUUAAACGCUAAAGAAUUUCUUGCCGAACACCGUUACGAUCCAAGUGAAAUUUAUUCAGACGAACUUUUAGAAGAAUUCUUAAAAGUUCCCGACCCAAAGCUACAACCGCUUGAAUUUUUAAACGAUACUUUAAAAAUACUCGAAGAUCUUGGACCAUGGGCCGUCGAUCAAGCUGCUUUAAACACUAUAUCUUUAAUAGAAAAAUUGAAGGUUAAAGUUCCUUACGAGAGACACUAUCUCCUUUUGUGUAUGAUAUUUACUGUUAUGCUAGAAAUUAGGGCUUACUGCGACUCGGAAUUUGGCGAUCUUGAGGAAAAGGAAAAAAUCGCAAAACAUUCCAGUCCGAAAGUUUUACGUUUCUUAGAAGUUAUUAAAGAAUUUAAACCCGCUAAUUACGAAAAACCACCUGAACCUCCUACUCUUAGCGAUACAACCCCUACAGAUGUUCCACAAUUGGGCAAAGGAACGGGAAGAAAAAAUCAUAGAGGACCUAAACGAUUAAUGAUGCAUCGCCAACAAAGUGACGAUAAUUUAUGCGCUUUAGUUUUUGUACACAACCGCAUGACUGCUAAAGUUUUAUUCAUGUUACUUUCGACGAUGAGUCAACAACACCCAGAUUAUUAUUGGGUAUCAACAUUAUACUCGGUAGAUAAAAUAACGGAUCCAAGUAGAGAACCACGUGAGGCUGAAUUAGAACAUCGAAGACAAGAAGAAGUGUUAAAAAAAUAUCGAGCACACGAGUGUAACAUAAUGAUAGCGACUUCCGUGUUGGAACAAGGCUGUGAUUUACCGAAAUGUAACUUGGUGGUUCGUUUCGAUUUGCCGAAUACAUUUCACAGUUACCUUCAAAGUAAAGCUAGGGCGAGAUUGCCGGAUGCUUAUUAUUUAUUGGUGGUAAACGAGAAUGAUUCGGAGGAGUUUGUGGAGAAAUUGGGCGAAUACAUGGAGGUGGAAAAAACGCUGUUGAGGAGGGCGUAUAGUUUGGAACCGGAUGCGAAAGAGAAGGCUGAAGCUAAUCGUUAUAACGGGGCUAUUUUACCAUAUCAGCCGUUACCUCAAGUUGGAUCGCCUAAUGUUACCUUAGCUACUGCCAUUCAAUUAGUUAAUAAAUAUUGUGCCAAAUUACCAAGCGAUACAUUUACACGGUUAACACCACUUUGGAAUAUUAAGAAAGAAGGAAAUCUUUACGUUUGUACCUUACGACUUCCGAUUAAUUCUCCCGUGAAACAAACGGUUUCUUCCCCACCAGUCGUCAAUUGCCUUUUAGCCAAACGAAUAGCCGCUUUAUAUACCUGCAAAUUACUUCAUCAAGCGGGAGAAUUAGACGACAUGUUGCAACCGGUAGGAAAAGAAAAUUUUAAAGCCAGCGAAGACGAUUGGAAUCAUUUUCCUUUAGAACCUUCCGACGAAGAGUUAGUUAAUGAAAACGUUGAACAACGACCUGGAACCACUAAACGGAGGCAAUACUAUUACAAACGUGUCUCAAACGCUUUAUUAGCAUGUCAUCCCAUUCCAAAUCAACCAGUUUACUUUUAUAGAAUAAUUAUGACGUUAACAUGUCCUUUACCUGAAGAACAAAAUACCAGAGGACGCAAAAUUUAUCCACCUGAAGAAUCACCGCAAGGUUUUGGUAUUUUAACUUGCAAACCUAUUCCUCAGAUUUGUCCUUUUCCAAUUUUCACGCGAUCUGGGGAAGUUAGUAUUAGUUUAGAAUUGUGCACAUCAAACGAAUCGCUUGACGACGACAAAAUCCAUAAGAUAAGGGAAUUUUUAAAUUAUACUUUCACUAGCGUUUUACGACUUCAACGAUACCUAAUGUUAUUCGAACCGGAAAAAGCCGACAGUUCCUAUUUAAUCGCCCCUACGAUUACAGUUAAUAAUACAACAAAAAUCGAUUGGGAUUUCAUCGACUUAAUAUAUGAUAAUCGUAACAUAUUACCACAAUCAAUAUCGGAUGAAGAACGCGUCAACUACAAGUUUGAACCAUGUAAAUACAAGGAUGCUGUCGUGAUGCCUUGGUACAGAAAUCGCGAUCAACCCCAAUAUUUUUAUGUAGCGGAAAUUUGUACAAAUUUGAAUCCAAAAUCGGCGUUUCCCGGCUCGGAGUACGCAACAUUCGACGAAUAUUACAAUCGAAAAUAUAACAUUAAAAUACAAAAUCUUCAACAACACUUACUCGACGUCGAUCACACCUCAGCACGAUUAAAUUUUUUAACCCCAAGAUACGUGAAUAGAAAAGGCGUUGCGUUACCAACCAGUAGUGAAGAAACUAAACGAGCAAAGCGCGAAAAUUUGGAACAAAAACAAAUUUUAGUACCUGAAUUAUGUGCGGUUCAUCCAUUUCCCGCUUCGUUAUGGAGAAAAGCAGUUUGUUUACCUUGUAUUUUGUAUCGAAUAAACGCGUUGUUGUUAGCAGAUCAAAUCCGAUUGACCGUCGCCCACGAAAUGAAUUUAGGCGAAAAAAAUUUGCCGCAAGACUUCAAAUGGCCAACGCUAAAUUUUGGAUGGAGUCUUUUAGAAGUACUAAAAAAGAAACCUCAAGAUAACGCACUCCAAGAAAAGCAUUCACGACAUUCAUCAGCCACUCGAGAAAAAAUCACGGAAAUCGUCGAAGAUGAAUCCGUCGAAAUUAUCGAAGAAAUCCAAAAUGGCGAAGAAGAGGAAGAUGAAAAAGAUUGGAAUUUGGAAAUUGGUACUUGGUCAAAUGAUAUGAUUGAUAUUCAAAUUGCAAAUGACGCGAUGGUUAGAUAUGCAUCACCAACAAGUUGGCUACCGGAAACGUAUGACGAUUUUUCUGAUUCAGAUGAAUGUUAUUCCGAGGACGAAUCUAGCUCAGAAUUUGGAGGGUUACACAUUGAAUUUAUGGGUGAUAAUAUAGCUGAAGCUGUUGAUACUGGCGUCCAGCACGACGAUGACAGCCAUUUGUUACGAGUAACCGAUUCUUGGGAAAAUUACAAUAUGGUUACAGAUGACAGUAUGACCGUACUAAAAGAAGAAUUUUUAGAAGCUUGCAAUCGAAACGUUGAAACCAUUUUUAAUUCCGGAAUUUAUAUACGAAAAGAAUCAAAUUUCAAGAAGGCCAACAUUGCAAAUUCUGAAAAAAGUCAAAUUGCCUUAGAUAAUAACGUUCUUAUAAAAGAUCUUUGCCCGGAGUAUAAUUCAGGAACUGGGGAUAAAAUAUUCAACGAUAAAAUACAGUGUUUAAAUAUGAAAUUACCGUUUAGUUUUGAUCUUCAACCGUCGCUAGAGGAUCAUCCAGGUCCAAGUCCGAGUGUUAUUUUACAAGCUUUAACGAUGUCGAACGCAAACGACGGAAUCAAUUUGGAACGCUUAGAAACGAUUGGAGAUUCAUUUUUAAAAUACGCAAUCACUGAUUAUUUAUAUUCAAAAUACGAGAACGUACAUGAAGGUAAAUUAAGUCAUUUACGAUCGAAACAAGUUAGUAAUUUAAAUUUGUAUCGAUUGGGGAAAAGAAAAAAUCUUGGUGAGUGUAUGAUAGCGACGAAAUUUGAUCCUCAUGACAAUUGGUUGCCACCGUGUUUUUACGUACCUAGAGAAUUAGAAGAAGCUUUAUUAAAUUCAGGAGUGAUACAUUCGAAUAGGCCACAAGAAAUUAUUGAUACCACAUUUCAAAUACAAAAAUUAGGCGAACUUAUCGAUUUGCCAGGGACUAUUCCAUAUAAUUUAGUAACACAACAUAGCAUUCCCGAUAAAAGUAUUGCAGAUUGUGUUGAAGCGUUAAUUGGAGCCUAUUUAAUUGAAUGUGGUCCACAUGGAGCACUUUUAUUUAUGGCGUGGUUAGGGAUAAGAGUUUUACCUCGUUUGCAAGAUGGCAGCUAUGGAAAAUUAGAAAAUCCUAAAUCACCCUUGUUACGGCAUGUUCCGGAUCCGGAAGGGGAAUUGGAUAUUCUUUUGGAUGGUUAUGCUAAAUUUGAAGAGAAUAUUGGUUAUCAGUUUCGAGAUAGGGCUUAUUUAUUACAAGCGUUAACACACGCUUCGUACUCCAGCAAUACAUUGACCGACUGUUAUCAAAGAUUGGAGUUUUUGGGAGACGCCGUUUUAGAUUAUUUAAUCACUAGACAUUUGUAUGAAGACAGCAGAAUGCAUUCCCCCGGAGCGUUAACAGAUUUACGUUCAGCUUUAGUCAAUAAUACUAUAUUUGCGUCUUUAGCGGUGCGACAUGGAUUUCAUAAAUACUUUCGACAUUUAUCGCCUGGUUUACACCAAGUAGUUGAAAGAUUCGUUCGAUUACAAGAAGAAAGUGGGCACGCGUUAGCCGAAGAAUUAUAUUUAUUAGCCGAACAUGAAUGCGAAGAAGUCGAAGAUGUUGAAGUACCUAAAGCUUUAGGCGACGUUUUUGAAUCGAUUGCUGGCGCGAUUUAUUUAGAUUCCGGUAGAUCACUCGACGCUGUUUGGCAAGUUUACUAUCAAAUGAUGAAAAAUGAAAUCGAACAGUUUAGCGAUAAAGUUCCAAAGUCGCCUAUUAGGGAAUUACUGGAGUUGGAGCCCGAAACAGCGAAAUUCGGAACUCCAGAAAAAUUAGUCGAUGGAAGAAGAGUGCGCGUGACGGUUGAAGUCUUUGGAAAAGGUAUUUUCAAAGGAAUCGGCAGAAAUUAUCGUAUCGCCAAGUGUACGGCAGCUAAAUGCGCCUUAAAACAUUUAAAAAAACAAAACUUUACUAGGCGAAAUUAGGAAAUCGUGAUCAUUGUGAUAUUUUAAGACUCGUCUAUUUCGUAAAUGAACUAAAUGACGCAUUACAAACAAAUUACAUUACAUUUUAUCGACAAAUCAUAAAUUGUAUGAAAACUUCGUCUAUUUUAUCCAUAAAUUUUUUGAUCAGAAAAUUGUGCAAUACAUAUGGUAUAAAAAACGAAACUUUUUUUUGUACAUCUUUACUGUAAAUUUUGGAAUAAAAUAUGUGACUUAUGUUCCUUUUAGGAGUUUUAAGAACACCAAAAACUUAUAAGAUGCGCGUGUACUACAUUUAAUGUAAACCAAUAUUUUUUAUUUUUAUUCGAGAUUUAUUUAAAUAAAUUAUUCAUUAAAGA